GUUGGCAUUGCUCCUGUCAUUGACACCGGCUGCUAGCGAGCUCCCGCCCAGCUCUGGCCAGCCCCGCCUCACCAGAGAGCCACAGCCGGAGGACUCUACAGUCCUUGCAUCCGGCCAGUGGCUAGAAGGACCAUGGCGAGUGGCCACCGCCUCCUGCUGGAGAAUGCUCAGCAAGUGGUGCUGGUGUGCGCCUGCGGCGAGCGCUUCCUGGCCGGGCCCGCGCUGCGCAGCCUGGCGGUGCUGGAGGGCGCCAGCCUGGUAGUGGGCACGGAUGGACUCAUAAAAGCUAUCGGCCCCACUGACGUUAUCCAAAGACAGUUUUCCGGAGAAACUUUUGAGGAACGAAUUGACUGCUCUGGGAAAUGCAUCUUACCAGGUUUGGUGGACGCACACACACAUCCCGUGUGGGCUGGUGAAAGAGUCCAUGAGUUUGCAAUGAAGUUGGCAGGGGCCACGUACAUGGACAUUCACCAGGCUGGAGGAGGGAUCAACUUCACGGUGGAGCACACUCGCCAAGCCUCGGAGGAGGAAUUGUUCAGCUCCUUCCGGCAGCGGCUGCAGCGCAUGAUGAGGGCCGGCACCACCUUGGUGGAGUGCAAGAGCGGAUAUGGCCUCAACUUGGAGACUGAGCUCAAGAUGCUGCGAGUCAUCGAGCGCGCCCGGAGGGAGCUGCCCCUCAGCCUCUCAGCUACUUACUGCGGGGCUCACUCAGUACCCAAAGGAAAAACUGCUGUUGAAGCUGCUGAUGACAUCAUCAGUAAUCACCUGCCAAGGCUGAAGGAACUUGGCCAAAACGGGGAACUACAUGUGGACAACAUAGAUGUGUUCUGCGAGAAGGGCGUCUUUGACCUGGAUACCACCAGAAGGAUUCUUGAAGAUGGAAAGAAGAUGGGGUUCCAGAUCAACUUCCAUGGGGAUGAACUCCACCCGAUGAAAGCUGCUGAGCUUGGGGCUGAACUGGGAGCACGGGCGAUCAGCCACCUGGAGGAAGUCAGCGACGAAGGCGUUGCCGCCAUGGCUGCAGCUGGGUGUUCGGCUGUCCUUCUGCCCACUACAGCCUACAUGCUGAGGCUGAAGCAGCCUCGAGCCAGGAAGAUGUUAGACGAGGGAGUCAUAGUUGCCCUGGGCAGCGAUUUCAACCCCAAUGCGUACUGCUUUUCCAUGCCAAUGGUCAUGCACUUGGCCUGUGUGAACAUGAGAAUGUCCAUGCCAGAGGCCUUGGCCGCUGCCACCAUCAAUGCGGCUUAUGCGCUGGGAAAAUCUCACAUGCACGGAUCGUUGGAAGUUGGCAAACAGGGGGAUGUCAUCAUCAUCAAUGCAUCCAGGUGCGUGUUCUCCCAGGCUGGCACUAACUAUAGCAGCCAUUAGCUGUCUUAGUUGAUAUAGACAAGUUUUAGAGCCUUUUCCACUUGUUAUUAAUAAGUAUCGGGCUCUGCGUAGACCCCACACUACCCGGCCCCUUCUCUCUUUACUCCUUUCCAACCAGAAAGUCUUGCCUGAGAUCUUCAACUACACAAUAAAUCAAGUAUCCAAGUUUCUUGAUCUGCCUUGCAUUUUUCAUGGGCCUCCUAUUCCUGCUAUUUUCCUGGACUUGGGACUCGUCCCUGGGCCUGUGUGUUUGGUUUUGUGCUCGCCUCCUGACCUUUUGCUUGUUUGCAGCUCGAUUUGUCACUCUGGUUCUGGCUUAUUUGUUCUCUGAUUCAUGCACUCAAAAGGCUCUCAAAGCCUCC